CAUGUUCCACUCAAGGUCUCAAUCUAAAACCAACUCCUCCUCCUACCUACUCCUGGCCGCCUUUGUCCUGGCCUUGGUUGGGGUUAAGGGUGACUACGAUUGGUAUAGCGAUUAUUCGGGCUCUGAGCUGGACUACAUUUUUGCUGAUGUGAACUACGAUGCCGUCUGCCCACCGGGUGGUUAUCCUGUCUGCUCCACCGAUGGCUACCAAUACCAUCCAUUCUCGAGCAAGUGCCGCCUGGACUCGCAGAACCUGAAGCUUUUGUUCGCCGGCAAGAAGGAACUCAUCCAAACGGAUCUGAAGUACUGCCCCCCCUCGUAUCCUGGCCAAUCUUAUGCUCCCGCUCCUCCUGCCCAGUCGUACUACCCCAAGAGUUCACCAGUUCAGAACUAUGCUCCACCUCAGUACUCCUCAUCUUCGGGUCAGAAUUCCUAUGCCUAUGCCGCUGCCAGUGGUCCCUAUGGCGCCAAGGCUGUGGCCGAGGCUCCUGGUCCUUAUCCUGUUGCUUCUCCUUCUUACUCCGUUUCUUAUCCUGCUGCUCCUGCUCCUGCUUCUUAUGCCCCUCCGUCUCCAGCUAAGUAUCCCUCUCCACCCUCUUCCUAUCCCGUUUACUCCAAGGCUGUGCCCGCCUAUGCUGCUGUUUAUAGUUAUGCUGGCACUACCAAGGCGCCAUCUACCGGAUCAACUACAUCGUCGGCCACGAAAGCUACUACAAAGGCUAAUAGAUAUCCUGGUUAUCCAACCAAGUACCCUACAACCACAGUGGCUACGACUACGGCGGCUACGACUACUGCGGCUACGACAAAGGCAGCUACGACAACGGCGGCUACGACAAAGGCAGCUACGACAACGGCGGCUACGACUACUGCGGCAACCACUAAGGCGGCAACAACUACUACAGCAGCAACCACAAAGGCGGCAACAACUACCACAGCGGCAACCACUAAGGCGGCAACAACUACCAAAGCAGCAACCACUAAGGCAGCAACAACUACCACAGCAGCAACAACCACUAAGGCAGCAACAACGAAGGCGGCAACAACUACCACAGCAGCAACCACUAAGGCAGCAACGACAACUAAUGCAGCAACGACGAAAGCGGCAACAACCACAACUGCAGCUACGACAACCACAGCAGCAACUACCACCACAGCAGCUACGACAACCACUGCAGCAACAACCACUAAAGCUCCUUAGGCUCCUUAGUUGCAACCACCUAAAGAACCUAACAGAUCUGUAAACUGUCUAAUUCCUACUUUCACCACCCCCACUCUAGAGCCUCUGAAAGCUAAAUGAAUCGAUCGACACAGCCUAAGUAAAAUAUCUAAAACAACAACAACCCCUAACAACAACCACUUAAAUAUCAAAAUCAAAGCAAAAUCUUAAUUCUCACAACAGCAAUAUGUAGAAUGUUUCAAAUUAGCCAAAAAUAAAGUAGAAAAAAAGUAAAGAACAUAAACAAAUUCGAGUA